AUGGCAAUCACCGAAAAGGAUCUCUAUCGCGACACUCCGGUGCGCUAUCUAGGAUAUGCGAAUGAAAUUGGCGAGGCCUUUCGACCGGUUAUAAAAAAGAUCUUCGUGCAUGCUAGCUAUGCUGUAGCGAUAAGUUACGUUCUGGCAGAUACGGCGGAUAAAUCCAAAAAGCAGUACGACAAACCGGAAAUCCUUGGAGGAGGAUUUCGUGGAGCUGCCAUCGCUUCUGGGGACACUCUUCUAUGGCAAAUGUUUGCCUCCGUCAUUAUACCAGGCUUCACUAUCAAUCGAAUCUGUUGGCUAUCGAAGGCUGCCUUAAAGGCCAACAAGGUCAAAGGACCGGUAGCCAAGUGGGGCCCAACGAUGCUCGGUCUGCUGGCUAUUCCGUUCAUUAUCCAUCCGAUCGAUAGUGCGGUAGAUUACGCGAUGGACAACAGCUAUCGAAAGUACGUCAAAUAAUAGCCCAGUUUUUGGGUGGUCGCUCUGGUGACGUCGCUGUCUCGAAUGCAGUACGCAAAGAUGAUGGUGAUGGACGCUAGCCAAACUAAACAACAGGACAAUGGGAAGCACAGAUUUCGCUCAAUUAAUUUAGCUUUAGGUGUUUAGGAGCAUUGAGGCAAGUACGGGAAGCUAUUUCUGGCCAUCUAUGGCCCUUCAUGAAAUGUAAUACAAAUAGAAAGGAGAUUUACUGCCUACUAGAAGUAUGCUUUAAACUUUAACGAUAUACAGAGCUACGAUAAAAUAACGUUUGUUACACUCAUAUUACACACUUAACUGUGAUAUUCCAAGUUUACCGUUUGUCG